AUGACAGGCCCUGGCAACCGCGUCACGUGCCUUUACGUUGGCGCCGGAUCCAGUGCGCGCUCGCAGGCCGCCCUUUGUGAACGCGCCGUAUGGGGAGUCUGCCGAGUGGAAUGCUUUUGGUCGGAUCCUCUAACUUUUAAAGCCUCUCGCGAGGCCUUUCUGGCUGCAGAGGAGACAGCGCUGCCAACGGUGCUUUGCAAUGCAGCCACGGCCAUCGAGGUAUGGCUCAGUGAGGCCGACCUUGGGCUUGUCAUGCGCUUCGUGAACCGGCCCGAGGUCUACGAGAUGCCACCUGGCUGGCCGUACGCACACCAGGUGCUCGAGGACACCCCGACGGAGGCGCUGCCGGAGGCGGUGUCGGAGUCGGAGGCGGACUCGCAGGAUGAGGUGGUGUCCCCAGAAGAACAUGCCAAUGGCCAUGAUGAAGGUUCGGCGAUAGUGCCGCAGUCCUUGAUCGGCGCCAGUCCCGGGGAGUACGUCCUGUUCGAUCUCAACCGGGACAAUGUUGCUGACAUUCCAGAUGUCGCCACGGGCUGA